AUGGAUUCGUCUCCCUGCUCGCCGGACUUUACGCACAGCACGAGUAUUUCUCUUCUUGCACGGCUAUUGCGACAGCAGUCUGUGCCCCCGGCGAUGAACAAGAAGCAGAUUCAGCUCAAGAAGAAGGAGAAGGAGAGGAAGGAUGCUGCCGGGGUGAAGUCUGCGACGAGCAAGGAGAGCUUGGCGAAGCAGGCGAAGGAUGCGAGCGCGUACGUUUGCCAGAGUUGCCGGCAGACCUUCAUGGUGACCUCGAAAAGCAAGCAGCUGAUUGAGCACUGCGACGCCAAACACCCCAAGCUUCCACGCGAGCAAUGCUUCCCCGAGCUGCCGGAUAUGCUUGCGCGCGAAGCUACGGGGGGAGGGAAGAAGUGA